AUGGCUCCUCUGCUGCUCGACGACCCCACCAGGCCCUUGCUCGCUGUUAAAAGAAGGCAGAAGGUUCACUGGGCCAGUAGCUCCUUUUGGCGCUUUAUCAUCUUGGCUUUCUUUGGCUACUUUGUUUAUUUGAACAUCAGCUUCUUCCACUUAAACAACUAUGGGCUCGACCUCGAUGCCAGCUACGGUUGCGACAAUUCUGAUCUCAAGUAUCUUAAUAAAAAGUUCUUCAUCAAUCUCCCCUUUCUUAAAUCGGUCAAAAAUGACUACAGCGACUUGUAUAACUAUUUGAACCUAAACAACUUCAUUACUAAGCAGCGUCGCAACCACAACAAGAAUCAUCAUAACGACAAUAACCCAGUCAGAGACUUCAACCAGUUGAAAGGUCUAUACUUGUCCUACUUGGGUGACGACGACAAUGUAAAUAUCAGAGAGUAUUCUCACUUUUUCACUAAUGAGUCACAUUUGGCUGGCCAAAACCACAAUCUUAUCAACUAUACUCUAAAUUUCUUCAAUGAUCACAACCUCCUUUCCAAAAUCGAUCAAUAUAGCGUAUAUUUAAAUUAUCCAGUCAACAAUUCUUUAACUUUACUAGAUUCAGACUUAUCUCCUCUCUAUCAACCAAACCUAACUGAAGACAAAAUUAAAGAAGAUCCAACAACUUACGAUGCCCCUGAUAUCAUCAAUAAUAUUAACCAAAUUAACCAAAAUUAUUCCGAUUUAAUUCCAGCGUUUCAUGGCUACUCGGCCAAUGGAAACGUAACUUCUGAUUUUGUUUACGCUAAUUAUGGCACUAUUGAUGAUUUCAAUCUUUUGCUCAAAAAUAACAUCGAGAUUCACAAUAAAAUAGUCAUUUGCAGAUAUGGUAAAAUCUUCAGAGGCUUGAAAGUUAAGUUUGCUCAAUCUUUCAAUGCGUCUGCUGUUAUCCUCUACAACGAUCCAAUUGACGAUGGAAACAUUAUAACAAUUAAAAAUGGUUACAAACCUUACCCUCAAGGUCCUGCUAGAAACCCCUCUUAUAUUCAAAGAGGCUCUGUUCAAUUCUUAUCAAUUCAGCCUGGUGACCCAACUACUCCUGGUUAUCCAUCAAAGGGUAAGAACAUUAAAAGAUCCUCACCCUACAACUCUAUUCCCUCCAUUCCCUCGUUACCCAUCUCCUAUUCUCAAGUCUUGCCGAUAUUGAAAAAACUAAAUGGCCAUGGUCUCAACCCUAAAAAAAACAACUCUUUUAAAAACUGGUUAGGCGACUUGUAUGAUUCUGGUUACGAUUACUCAAUAGGCCCCAACCCGGAUUUCAAACUAAAUUUAUUCAACAAUCAAUCUUACAAUUUUACUCCAAUUUACAACAUCUAUGGCGAAUUUCCUGGUAUCCUUAAAAAUGAAAUCAUCCUCAUAGGUAAUCAUAGAGAUGCCUGGAUCAAAGGUGGUGCUGGCGAUCCAAAUUCCGGUACUGCUGUGAUGUUUCAGAUCAUCAAAUCUCUAAACUAUUUAAAACAAAAUUAUAAUUUUAAACCCUUAAGAACCAUAGUCUUUGCGUCUUGGGAUGGUGAAGAAUACGGUUUACUAGGCUCAACUGAAUUUGGCGAAAUGUAUCCUACUUUAUUGAAAAAAAAAAUUGUAGCAUAUUUGAAUCUUGAUGUUGCAACCGCUGGAACUCAUUUGAACUUGGCUGCUUCGCCGAUAUUAUUUGACUUGUUAAAGGAAAUUGCCAAUUUUGUUGAUUAUCCCAAAGGUGGUACUCUAAAUGAUUUCAUUAAACACAAGAAUAAUGGUAAAAUUGGAUAUUUGGGUUCUGGCAGUGAUUAUACAGUCUUUCUUGAACAUCUAGGUAUUCCCUCGGUCGAUUUGGGUUUCAAACCAAGAGACGAUGAUCCAAUAUAUCAUUAUCAUUCAAAUUAUGAUUCGUUUCAUUGGAUGGAAAAGUUUGGGGACAAAAAUUUUGUUUAUCAUAAUACUAUAGCCAAAUAUUUAGGUCUUAUUAUUUUAAAGCUAUCUCAAUCUCAAGUGUUGAAAUUCAACUUGAUUGAAAAUUCCUAUCAAAUUUCAAAUUAUUUCAAUAAAUCUGUGGAUAAUAUUCCAAUUAAAUGGAUAGAUCAGCCAAUUACAAAUAAAACUUCACUAAAUGACAAUACAAUGAUAAUCGUAAUGAUAACCAUAAUGAUAAUCAAAGCAGUUGAGUUACAAGAUAAAUUGGAUAAAAUUAUUGAUGAUGAUAAGGUUCCUCCUUUUGAAAAGGAAAUUAUUUUAUUCAAGAUUCGAUUAAUCAAUCUCAAAUUGAAAUACCUUGAACGAUCAUUUGUUUAUCAAAAGGGGUUGAAUAAUAGACCUUGGUUUAGACACAUUGUUUUUGCCGCUGGGAGAUAUACUGGUUACAAAGGAAUGGUAUUUCCUGGGUUGAACGAAGCGAUUGAAGAUAAUGAUUUCGAUGAAACAGUUAGAUGGCUAGGGAUUAUCAAUCAUAUGGUAAAAGUGGCGACGUUUAAAUUGAUAGUGUAAAAUUGGUUUCAACCAAUAUGAAUCUGAAUCUAAGAUUUUGGUACCACAUUUUGACGUUACAUUACAUUACAUUAAAUUUCAUUUUAUUUUAUUUUAUUUUAU